UGCUGGUGGAGUGAAAGUGGUGACUGUCCAUGAGCAGUGGCAAUAUUCAUAGCAAGAAUAAGGAACUAGAAGUGAUCAUCGGUGUCAGGAAGGACACAGGAAAUUUCCUUGGGCUGUUUUGCAAGUCCAUGCUCUGUUUCGCAAAUAAGGAGUUUUGUUGUGCAAUUUGUAACCUGAUUUUGAAAAACAGGAACUUGCUUUCACUGACAAGAUGGGGGACGAGCAACACAAAGAGCCUGUUGUUGAGGAGACACAGGUGAAAGUGCUUUAUGAAACUGAAGCAUCAUCUGGGCCAGAUGAGAAAGCUGCUUACCCUCCUGCUGGAACUAACUCCAUCUACUCUGCCAUUCUUAGUCGAAAUGAGGCUGUCAAGGAUGCCAAGCGACUAAAGACGUUUUUGGAACUUCGAGACAAAUAUGUGAAGAAGAAGGUGGUGUUUGAAGACCCCCUGUUCCCUGCAAACGACUCCUCUCUCUUUUACAGUCACAAACCCACGAUGAAGAUUGAGUGGAAGCGUCCCUCGGAAAUAUGUGACGACCCCCAGUUCAUUGUAGAUGGAGCCAACAGGACAGACAUCUGUCAAGGAACACUGGGGGACUGCUGGCUGCUCGCUGCCAUCGCCUGCCUCACUGUGAACGAGAAGCUGCUGUACAGAGUGAUCCCCCCCGACCAGAGCUUCACUGAAAACUACGCCGGCAUCUUCCACUUCCAGUUGUGGCGUUAUGGAGAAUGGAUCGAUGUGGUGGUGGACGACCUUAUCCCCACCUGCAACAACCAGCUGGUCUUCACCAAAUCCUUCAGGAAGAACGAGUUCUGGAGUGCUCUUCUGGAAAAAGCUUAUGCCAAGUUGCACGGAUCGUAUGAGGCCCUUAAAGGGGGCAACACUCUGGAAGCCAUGGAGGAUUUCACCGGAGGGGUUACUGAGUUCUUUGAGUUGUCUGAAGCACCCAAAGAGCUCUACAGCAUCAUGAGGAAGGCGCUGGACCGUGGCUCGCUGAUGGGCUGCUCCAUAGAUAUUACUUCAGCCGCUGAUAUAGAGUCUCGGACUGAACAUGGGCUGGUCAGAGGUCACGCCUACUCCAUCAUCGGCCUGGCAGAGUGUGACGAGGUGGCAAAGGAUACCAGGAUUCGCCUGAUUCGCUUACGAAAUCCCUGGGGCUGGGUGCUGUGGAAGGGACCAUGGAGUGCUAAUUCAAAGGAAUGGUCGACCAUUUCCACGGCAGACAAGGAAAACCUUAAAAAACAGACUGUAGAGGAGAGUGAGUUCUGGAUGUCUUUUGAUGAAUUCAAAAAGAACUUCACGAAGCUGGAGAUGUGUAACUUGACACCGGACACCCUGCAGUGUGAUGAGAGGACUAGUUGGACAGUGUCGGUCAACGAGGGUCGCUGGGUGCGCGGCAGCUCUGCCGGAGGCUGCAGGAACUUCCCAAACACUUUCUGGACGAACCCUCAGUAUAGGCUGCAGCUGUCCGAGGAGGACGACGACCCCGAGGACCAUCAGGCCGCCUGCACUGUGGUCGUGGCUCUGAUGCAGAAAGGUCGCAGGAUGCAACGCCACCAAGGGGCCAAGUUCCUCACCAUCGGAUUUUCCAUCUACGAGGUGCCGAAGGAGAUGGUUGGACAAAAUCAACACCUGCAGAAGGACUUCUUCCUGUACAACGCCUCCAAAGCUAAAUGUAAGACCUACAUUAACCUGCGGGAGGUGACGGAGCGCAUCCAUCUUCCUCCAGGAGAGUACAUCAUCAUCCCCACCACCUUUGAAGCCCAUCAGGAGGGAGAGUUCAUCCUCAGGGUCUUCUCUGAGAAGCAGAACAUUACAGAGGAGGAGGAUAGCAUCGGGUCGGACAAAACACAGCAAGGCAACACAAAGAAAGAGAAGCCUAUUGUAUUUGUGUCGGACAGAGCACGAGCCAACAAAGAAAUCGAGCAUGAUGGCAUUCGGGGAGACAAGAAGAAGAAGAAGAAGCCAAAGCUAAAUCUACUCCAAGAGGGGGAGGAGACUGAGGAGGAAAAACAGUUCAGAGCCAUUUACCAGAAGAUUGCUGGAGAUGACAUGCAGAUCUGUGCCAACGAACUCAAGACGAUCAUGAAGAACGUGCUCUCUAAACAUAAUGACAUAAAGACAGAGGGCUUCAGUCUCGAGACAUGUCGGAGUAUGAUCGCCUUGAUGGAUACUGACGGGACAGGGAAGCUGAACCUGCAGGAGUUCAAACACUUGUGGAAAAAGAUCAAGGAGUGGCAGCUGGUCUUCAGAAAAUACGAUAAAGACAAAUCUGGCUCCAUCAGUAGUUUUGAGAUGAGGAACGCUGUUAAUGAUGCAGGGUUUCACCUGAACAAGCAGCUCUAUGACAUCAUAGCCAUGCGCUACGCAGACGAGCACCUCAACAUCGACUUCGACAGUUACAUCUGCUGCUUUGUGAGACUAGAGGGCAUGUUCAGAGCUUUUAACGCCUUUGACAAAGACGGAGAUGGAGUAAUAAAGCUCAAUGUCCUGGAGUGGCUUCAGCUGACCAUGUAUUCUUAAGUGACCUUCCUGACCGCUGACAAACCUGCUGCCAGAUGGAGCUCAUGUUCAUGAUUUAAGACUUCAUCUCUUUUUGCACUGAUUUUUUGUCACAAAUCAAGACUAUGAUGAUUUAUCCAGCAUUUAUGUCAAAUGUUGACUUCACUGAUCGUUCAAACUAUGAUGGUGUAGAUGUGGGUCUAUGUUAUUGUAACUUAUGUUAAGGUGUCAGUCAUGUUACAUCAGUGGUGGCAUGGUGCAGCAAUGGGCAGUAAAGUUGCUGAUGCUAAUCUUUGAGUAUUGUUAACAAAUGUUUGAAUAUAAGAACCAAAAUUGAACCUUUUGUAGAGAAUAUAUAAUGUUUUCAAAAAAGCAGAGGCAAAGCUUCUAGAUUAUAUUUGUAUUUUUUAUUGCUGUACACAUACAGUAGGUAAUAAACACAAAUCAAAUACACUCUGUACAGUACAACAUACAAAACGUAAGGCAUGACUUUGAAAUGGCUUUCUUAGAAGUUACUCUCUGGACAGUUUGGUCUUACCACUUUCACUACCACUUCAUUGCCAAAAAAAAAAGUUCUCAAACAUAUGAAGGGAUACAGGGGACAAUGCCUACAAUACCUCGGAAAUUUAACAAUGAAAAGUGAUGAAUGAAUAGAUGGUUUGUAUGUGAUGAUGCUCAACACAUUUUAAACCGCCCGACGGGACAGAGGACAACAGUCGGAAAUAAUUAUGGAUACAUUUCUAUAUCAGGAAAAUACCUUUUUUGAUAAAAAAAAAGAGGAAUCAUACGUUACAAGUGAGUGUGAUGACAUUACUAUUCUUAAAACAGUAGGUACAGGUUGCUAAAUAUUAGCCCUAGGUUUCUUAAGCUCUCCACAAACGUCUAUGCGUGUACUGCCCUGUGAGGAUAAUCUUAGGACUAAGUUUUGAUCAACUUUAGAAAAGGAUUUAAAAAUCCUCCUGUCAAUACUUUGAGCCCUGACUCUUCACCAAGUUGUUGUUGGGUGGUGGAAUUAUAAAGCAUUUCAGACACCUUUAAAAAAAAGGGGAAAGCGACAGACGUUACAGACGGUUUACAGGUAUUGGGAGAACUACUGUAUGUGGUUGUAUAAACCAACUGUUGAGGGUUGAGUUGCAUUGUGGGUAUUGCAGGUGGCUGAAUGCAAGGAAUAAAGACAAUAUCCCCGGUU